CGUAAGUCCAUGUAAAAAGCAGUUAAUCAACCAAAAUUGUUAUGUACUGAUCUUGCGUAUUGUUGACUGUUUUUGCCGAUGUAAAAAGCAGUUUAGUUUGUGAAUGUUUUUGCGACGCCGUCGGUUGGGCUAAUACAGCCGGCUACCUUGUUUAGUAGGAAUAUUUCAGGCGGUGAAUGUAGUUUGCGUGUUAGUUAGGCCGUGAAUGUUAUUUUCAUUGUGAAUUAAAUUUAUAUCUGUGUUGAAUAGCCGACUAUUUGCUCGUCCAUUGUUAUUUAGUAAAGGCCCAAAUUUGGAUCCGUCAAAUGAGUCUUAACGCCACCAAGUCAGCGCAUUUAUGUUUGUUGCUCGAGGACAUUAUGCUCUUUUAUCGUGAAGAAACCACAACAUUGUUACGACGCUACAUACGUGCCCGCUGUAGACGUCAGAGGAGUCAGAUUGUUGAGCACGCUCGGCGACACAGCGUCCUCAACAAGAUACCGGCACAGCUGAAGUACUUAGACCGGUUAUUGGACGUCACAAGUGCUGCGUGUGUGUCCAAUUUACGCAUGGACCGUAACACAUUUGGUAGGUUGUGCCGGUUACUGUCGGAGAGGGGGGGUUUGACAGUUGGUAAGUGCCUUGGUGUUGAAGAGCAGGUGGCAAUUUUUUUAUCUGUAUUGGCACACCAUCAGAAGAAUCGAGUUGUUGGCACUACCUUUUGGCGUUCAGGUGGGACUAUAUCGUAUUAUGUGAAUAAGGUACUUGCUGCUGUACUUAGCCUAUUUCCUGUGCUCCUUGCGAAGCCUGCACCUGUUCCGGAUGAUUGCACCGACCAUCGUUGGAAGUGGUUUAAGGGUUGUCUCGGCGCGCUAGACGGCACCCAUAUUAGUGUAUUAGUGCCCACCGAUGACAAACCACGCUAUAGAUCCAGGAAAGGCCAGAUUGCAACUAAUGUUCUCGCUGUGUGUGAUCGUCAAAUGCAGUUUGUGUAUUUGCUCCCUGGUUGGGAAGGGUCCGCAGGAGACUCCCGCGUCCUGAAGGAUGCAGUUUCACAUGAAGAUGGGUUAAAAGUUCCACAAGGUUGCUAAUUCCUUACACCCUCCUGUCGUAUAUUCAUUACUUACCUAAACAAAUGUUUAGGUAAGUAAUGAAUAUGCAAAUUGCAAUGGAUUCCUAACACCAUUCAAGGCAACACGCUACCAUCUCAAGGAGUGGGGUCCCGGCACAAAAUCUCCCCAAAACCCGAAGGAAAUAUUCAAUAUGCGGCAUACCAAAGCGAGAAACGUGAUUGAACGUGCUUUUGGAGUGUUAAAAAUGCGGUGGGGUAUUCUAAGGAGCGCUUCAUUUUAUCCUAUAAAAACGCAAAUCCGUCUAAUCAUGGCGUGCUUUCUACUCCAUAAUUUCAUUCGUCGAGAAAUGGAGGUUGAUCCGGUGGAACUUGAUUUAGAUGCAAAUAUGAACGUUGAAAACGCAGAGGACGAUUACGUUUGUGGGGAUUAUGUUGAAUGUGUCGAGCCGUCUUCCGAUUGGACGAAUUUCAGAGACAGUCUAGCUGUCAAUAUGUGGAACAACAUAUGAAUAACAGUAUCAUGAUGGAAGGAAAUGUCUUCGACUCCAGUUUCAUCCUUAUUAUGUUUUAGCCCACCUUAUUGUAAUCAGAUUGCACUGUUUAAUUUGCUACUGUUAUGAUCACAUGUUUGUUCUUGAAUGAAGCGGCCAACAAUUGCUCAGUAUUGAUAAUGUGUAUAUAUGUUUGCUUCUGUUUUUAUUUCAGCGAAAUGCAUAAAGAAGAAGUUCCCGAAUGCCAAUGCGGUGGCGGGUACAUGACCCUUAAGCGUGCCUGGCCAUCGGCGAUCAAUGCAGGCCGCUACUACCUAAAGUGUCCGGUUGAAGGGAAGCACCUUGGGUCUUUUAUGUGGUACGACGAAGUGUUUGGUGAAACCUCUAAUCGCAGCUGCAAUAUACAGGCUGACUUAGGUAGGACUCGCACACGCUACGUUCGUGGAGCGGACAGAAUAUCAGAAGCGACGUCCCCCUCCGUUAUAAGUACUCCAAACUACAACACCCUUCGCAUGUUGGAAUGGAAGAGCAAUGUCCUGAUUUUGUGCACCGGCUUGUUGUUGGUAAUGGUAGGAUUUUUUAUUGGAAAGGCUGUCUAGCUGUAGAAAACUUGAACGCUCAUGUGUAUGCUUAAAUUUCCAAUACUAAAAUCAGGUUGUAGUAAACUUGAUAGCUCACAUGUAAGCUUAAAUUUCCUAAACUGAAUGUUAGCUUUCUUAGAUAUUUCAGACGAAGCACCACGCAGUUUGUUAU